UACCCUUCGCUCCUACCUAGUAGCCACUAAGAGAGGAGGAGUUUUACAAAGGAACCGUCGCCACCUCCGCAAAACUUGAGAAUCUUUACAAUGCUCCAAAAAUGAGGUUUCUGAGGAUAUUCCUGUUGCUAACUCUAUUCCUGCUGCUGACCCUAUUCCUGCUGCUGACCCAAUUCCUGUUGUUCACCGUUGUCGUAACUUUCACAUUUUAGCGACAACUUGUGCGGCUCCUCACCUUUUCGCUGGUUUCUAAAGCAUAAAGCCUGUUUAAAGCUAAAGCCUUUUAAAAUUGUUUUUCCGCAUGCGGCUUGAUCGUUUGCAACGUAAACGUCAUGAAUGUAACUUUCAGUGAAAAACGUAUAUCCCUUGGAACGAGGAGAGAUGGCGGUUGCAGCUUUGGAAGAGUUUUUCUUUCAUUCUGACUUUGGUCGUUGUGUUUAUGGAGACGGUGGUACCAUAGCGAAAAUCUGACUGGUAGUCACAAUCAUUAGGGCCGAAUGAUCACUGUGGCAAACAUUGAUUCAUCCCUAAUCAAAAUGACAGCGAGUGACCGUAAAAUUAGACAAAGUGCAAGCUUACACGUGAGUGCCGAUCAAGAGCGAAAUUCGAGGACAGAGAAUCGUUUUAGUCUUUUAAAAUGCAGUUCUUCGAUAUCGUUUGGGGUGGCAAAGCAUAGUGGAGUUACCGUGAACAAUAAAGUAAGUUUACCUUGAAUAGAAUUGCGUAAAUUUGGUCUUCCUUGAAAUGAUAGUCGUUUCAAGUGAAAAAACCAAAAAACUUUGCGCCUAGCGAAUUGGAAAAAACAGCACCAUGCUCACAGGUUUCAUAAUCCCCUCCACAAAAAUUCAAGUUAUGAUCCAAAACCAACACAGGCAGAUGAACUUUUAGUGGAAAUUCAAAAUGGCAAUGGUUAUUCAACCGGUUUUGGUCGUUCAGAAUGAACUAUGACCUCGAAUUCUGGCCUUUCAUAGAACGAGUGCCACGUGACAGUCAGUUUUCCUCACGUAGAAUCAUUUGGCUUCAAGUGCCUUAGACUUUAGUCAUGGAAAGUGAUACAUGAAUUCCAAACAGCUGGUAGUAGGCCUUUUAUCGAAGAAGAGCUUUGUAAGUACAGACAAUUAUAAAAAGUGGCAAGGCUCAGAAAAAAACGUCUCAAGCAUGACACUUUAGCAAACUCUAAAUGUUCCAGAGUCCAUAAAGUAAUGUCCUAGAAUCAAUAACGCGUAUCUUGAAAAAAAACUUAGAAGCGAACCGCGGACCCCCGUCACUUCGGAUAACUUCAGGUAUGCCAUGUCUACUGAAUUGCGCCUUCAGUUCUUCUACCAUUGCUUUACAUCUCAGGUCUUGUAGCCUGUCCACUUCAAUAAACUUCGAGUAGUAGUCGACUGUCAGCAAGUAGGCUUUGGACUUAAAAUCGAAGAGGUCUGUCCCCACCAUCUGUAGGUAUUAGCGGCUCAGAGGGUUGUUUCCUUUACUUGGUACAGUUUUUAACAGUUUCCUCAAUGUCAGAGUUCAUAGCUGGCCAACGAGCGCAUUAUUUGCAUUUAAUUAUACCAGGUGUGACUCAUGGAUUAAGUUCAGCAUUUGUCGCCGUAGGCUGGGGGCACUAUGAUUAGCAUUCCUUUGUAAAUGAUUCCAUCGGAUACUUCUAGUUCACUUCUAGAAUCCCAAUACAGCCGUAGUGCUGCGGGUACUUCUUUUCGAACGUUUAGCCAGCCAUUCAAGAAUAUUGUUUGUAGCUUGUUUAUCUCACGCUGAGUGUGCUCUUACAAUUUAGUGUACUUGUCUUUGGUGACGGAUAGAAAGUGCAGAGUGCAUACUCGUUCCAGGCCAGUGAUCUCGGGAUUGGGCGUAUCAGGUGGAUAUGCUCUUGGUAGUGUCGGGUAAAUACAUUUCUUUGCCCUUGCGGGUCAUACCGCUCAAGUUUAGUAUCAUUCUCUGUGGCCGCUCUGUUGCUGCUAGUGGUGGUUUUUUCAUAAUCUGUUCGAGGAACUUGUGAUCUUUGUACAUGGUCACUUCCUUGCCGAAGAUGUAAGAUUGAAACUUCUCGCAUGUAUGCACAAUGGUCAGCAUUUCUUUUUUUAAUUUUUGCAUAACGUCCUUCGUCAUCGGUUAUAGAACGUGAGGAAUAGGCAAUAGGUUGGCCGUCUUGAAUGAGUACCGCACCGAGGCCAUGGUGGCAUGCGUCACACUGUAUUUCCACAAGCUUAUAUGUUGACGUCGAAGUAUUUCAGUACUAGUUGACGACAACAUUGCACUUUCAGUUUAAGGAAAGCCUCUUCUUGAGCUGACUCACUAGGGUGAAAAUGAAAUUUGCAAGGUAGGUGACAAGCCUAGAAAUCGUUAGAAAUCGUUUGACAUCGUCUUUGUUCUUCGGGGUGGGGAUAGCAUGGACAGCUGCUACCUUCGAUGGGUUCGGCUUCACUCCUACAGGUAUCAGGAGGUGUUCUAUGUAUGGGACGUCUAAUUAAGCACUUCUGAAGAUUUAGCUUCAAGUUGUAGCUUGUUACACUUUCGGUGACCGUGCGAAGCGCCGCGUCAUGAUGUUCAGUGUUUGAUCCUGCGAUUAGAAUGUGAUCCAUAAUAACUGUGACUCCCUCUAUUCCUUCCAGCAUCUCAUCCAUGAUUCUUUGAAAAAUUUCGGGAGCGCACUUGGAAGUCUUAACCACCUUUACCGGCCGAGUGGCGUAUUGAACGUGGUGAGCAUGGAAGAGGCUUCAUCAAGCUUGAUUUGGGGGAAUCCACUUUUCACAUAUAGCUUGGAGAAUACCUUGGCGUGAGGUAUUGUGCUGAUGACUUCCUCCGUGGCUCUCAUAGGAUGAUGCUCACGCUUUAUGACCUUCUUCAAGUCACUGGGAUCGAUACAGAUUCGGACUUUGUCGCCUUGAAUCGAAACUAAUAUUGAGCUAACCCACUCGGUUGGCCCUGUUACCUUGAAUUUGUAGCCACUGGCUUCCAUUUCAUGGAGUUUGUUGAUGGCCCGUUCCUUUAGCGCUACCAGUAGGCGGUGGGUAGCAUGGACCACGCCUUUGGUGUUAGGUUCCAGUUUGAUUGUGUAGGUUCCAGGCAGUGUACCGGUCGUUUGAGUGAGGUAUGGGAACUCGUGAACUACUUUGGGAACUUGAUCCCCCUCGGCAGCGGAGAGCGUGUCAACGGAUGCUGGUCUCGAGAUUAAUUGUGGUGCUUCAGCGGCGUUUCCUGAUAUUAGGUUUUCUUCUUCGAUGUCAACAAUCUGAAAUGUGGUGGUGGCUAGGUUAUUGUUGUGUUCCAAAGACAAUUCAGCCACUGCUACAAGCUUAAUCAGAUGAUUGGAGUAGGUACGAAGGAGUUUUGUUUAUCUUUUGAGUUCGCCCUCGUGUUGGAUCUUCUGGUUGUCAGAAAGGAUAAGUGUGUUGCAGUGGGCACCCGUGUCAAUUUUGAACUUGAUUAGUUUGUUUUCCCCUCUGAAUCUUGUGGUCCUUUUGUCAUCUGGUAUGAUAUCGGCAGGCUGAGUCAUAUGGAUGUGUAGCACCUCUGUAAAUGAAUCGUCAUCUGAGCUGGUGUCAACCUUGUGUACACGAAGGCGGCGAUUGCACACUGCUAACCAAUGGUCUGGCUUCUCACAGUAGGAGCGUAUGGAUCCCAGGGCGGUACAUACAUUUUCCUUGAUUCCAGUCGUGCUGAGGGUCUUUGCCACACCUAGGACAGUGCUUCCCAUUUUUCGAGUCAGGUUUCCUCGGACCGAGUGGACGUAUUUUGCCUUGGGGUUUCGGUUUUUUCGGAUCCAGUGCUAAGAUGGGAGGUUCCUCAUCGCGAACAGCGCGUAUUUGCUUCUGGGACAUUUCGUAUUGUGGCCUAUUUCGAUGGCUUUGGCUAGAGUUAAUUCUUCUCCCCGAUCAAGCAGUUUCUCUUCAAGUUUCUUUGCGUGUAUUCCAUCAGUGAUCGAAUUAAUCAGAAUGUCAUCAGGGUCGGUAUAUUCACGGUCCUGAAGAAUGAGACGAAGAUCUUUCACAAACUUGUAGAAUUACUCGCCUGUGUUUUGUUUACGUAAUUUCAGCUUUUGCCUUGGGAUGCGCUUGUUUUUUCGUGGUGGUAGGUAGGCCUCAAGUUUUUCAAGGACUUUUACUGGAUCUCCUUUUUAAGUCGUGAAUUGCGCACAUGCGCAAGAGCGAGUUGUAGAUAUGAUGUGGAGAAUGGCACUCGCUCGCUCGCUCGGUUGAUCGACUCCUGUAAACUUUUUUUCGAUUUGAGGCUUUUGAGUGCAUUUGAUAGUUUUUGGCGGGCAAUAAACAAAGGAAAUGGCGACAUUUGUUGCUAAGAAUAGUGGUGGGGUGAAAAGGAAGCCAAUGAUAAUCUUAAAAGAGUUUUUGUUUUUUUCGUUUUAGUUUCAACAAGCAGCGCCAGCGAAUGGCAGGCAUGCAAGGAUUCACACCGAAAUAACAGAACAACCUUCGUUUUUACAUAAAAUUGUAAUUUACAAUCCUUGAACUUGAAAACAAUCCGAAGAUUCAUUGAAAAUAUCACUUACUGCCAAGCGCUCGGAGUUUACAGAUGUUCAAAAGCUUUUUCUGUUAUGGCAUGAGAUUGAGGACAAAAUCGAUCAUUGCUUUUCGUAUCGUGUGUUUUUCCUGUGUGAAGCAACAAAAGAUGCCGGCGACCGACGAAAUUACAAGUUAUCACGAAAAACAAACAAUUUUAGCUACCGAUUUUCAGUGAAUUUUAAAGAACAAUUUUCGUUUAAGUUUCAAGACAAUUUGUAUCCAGUCUGCAGUCUGCUGUCUGCAUUUUGUAGUAACAGGUAUCCGUGGCACCAAUACAGUUUAUUUUUGGUGACAUUUAUUCGCGCAACACACAUAAUUUACCACAAAAUACCUGUGUGUGAGGUAAUUCGACAUUUUCGUUCUUUUCCGCGUUAAUACUCUUCUUUCCCUUUGUAAGAAUGUAGACCACUAACAAUGUUUCAAGUAAUCCACCCACCCUACAAAAAAUACCUCUGGCAUGCAGAGCAUACCUGUGUUUUGAAAUAGGUGUAUGCCCUUAGCCAGACUUGAGCUCACUAUUUCAGUAUACCAGUCCGACACCCAUAGUAUCACUACACUUGAUUCCAAGGAUCCAGUACCAUCCAGGUAUCCCAGUUACCCUGCUCACAGGGUCUAGUAUCACUCAAAACUCGUUCCCGUUUGUCUCAUUUGAUAAAGUGGGAAUCGUUAAUGUUUUCAUUAAGACAGUAUUGCCUUGGUUUUCUAAUAUUUACAAUAAUAGACAGUAAAUUUCACUUUUCACCCACAUUUACUUCCAACCUUUUCUUUUGAACCAGAAACAAAAAUGAUAUACGUUUAAAACACAUGACAUCAUCCACCCUUGUCAAUUGUAAUAGCGUGAUCAUUUCAAUUGUAAGGCCUUCUCAUCCAAACGCUACUUUGUUUCUUUGCUGCGAACACUGAACUACUUCUCGUACUCUAGAUAUGACAAUCAACCACAAAAUUCCCUAAACUAGAUAACAUUAAACAUAAUCCAACAAUAAUGUGUCAAUUCACGAGUUUGCUCACAGAGCACUUUGAUUCUCCUUCUCCCCACUGGAGCGGCUUGUAUAUUUCACGGCCUUGUGGCCCUAUCCAUGUUCCGAGCCAUCCGGCUUUUGCCUCUGCUUUGAGUUUGCUUAGCGGUCCGACAAACACGAAACCAACGUGAUUGCGAAAGCGGCUGAACUCCUGAUACAAAUCCUAGCUGUCCCAAUCAUUAUGCGUGUGAUCAAACGAUAUCUGAGACAUCAUCUAGGAUGAGAUUCGGUUUCGGAUGGCUUUAAAGCGAGGAUUUUUUAGAUUUUGUGAUCCAUUUCUGACACCAUGUAACAUACAAAAGCCAUGAUGAUUUAGAUAUUUGAAAUUCAUAUUUCUGCACCGCGGUGAAGAGAUUAAAUUGAGAGAUCCUCGCAGCUAAGAACACUACUGAAACGAGUAGUUGAAACUAGGACCUGAAAAAAAUUCAGGCCCGUACGGAAUUUGAACCCAUGACCUCUGCGAUACCGGUGCAGCGCUCUACCAAUUGAGCCAACAAACCAACUGGGAGCUGGUCAACGUGUUGGGUCCAAUUAAACCAUCCAAGUGAUGAAUGAUAAUUUUAGAUAUAUGAAAUGCAUAUAUUUGCACUGUGGUGAAGAGAUGAAAUUAAGAGAUCCUUGCAGCUAAGAAAGCCAUGUUUUAUCUUGCCGUCCUGUAAGCGUGCGAUACAAUUGUGUACCGCUAGACGGCAUCGGCCGUAUACGUUACACUUCAUUAACAACUUCUUCGAAUUCGUCGGCCCAUUCUUGUACCGCCUCAUUGUCUUCGCCGUUCGCGAACUUCUGUUCCUCAAUGGAUUCCUUUAACUUGACUACUACAGUCACUAGGGCCUCAACGGAAACUUUGUGUCUCUCAAAGGCCGUUGAUCAUAUUUCUUUAAGACAUCUCCUGUCUUCUUUAAACGAAAAUUCAACGUCUUCAAUUUGCUCUCAAGUUCGGCAAUUUGUUUGUCCAUGAUUUCCAACGCUGUCCUUGCAGGGUCGCCACUGUGUCGAAAACGUGAAAAAGCUUUACCACGCUUCCUUAUUAACUCACGAUGUAUUCACUUGAUUUAACGAUUUUACUACAAAGCUCCGUUUAACUCCCACUCACUGCUCUCGGCUUAUUCGAAAAGAAACACACCCUCAACAUAACGGGGUCAAUAUUGCUUUAUUUCUUGAUGAUGGUUGGCUUAUCGAUAUUGAUCGAAACUCAUGCGCAGUCCUGGCUGCUGAUGUUAGGUCUGAUUUAAAGAGGGCAGGCUUUGUCACCAACGACGAGAAAUCGCAGUGGUGUCCGACCCAAUUAUUUAACGGUUGGGUAUUAUAUGGGAUGCUGUCAACGGUACAAUUCGUAUUUCGAACAACGGAAAUAAACAUCGCAGAAUCUUUAUGUAGGAGCCUCCUCAAAGACACUCGUCCCGGCGCGGGAAUUAUCUUCCUUCGUGGCUAAAAUUAUUACCGCUGGGGCAGCUUUUAGCGACAUUUUCCGAAUUAUGACUAGGUACUGUUUUGUACAUUACCAUGGCGGCGCACGGCGGUUCCACAGAUAGUCAAGAGAGUUUAGACAUUUCUAGGCAUGGAAAUGACUCCCCACCUUCUUCUUUACCCACGCUGGAUAAGGACUUUGCUUUAUCUUCCUUCGUGGGUAAAAUUAUUUCCGCUGGGGCAGCUUUUAGCGACAUUUUCCGAAUUAUGACCAGGUACUGUUUUGUAUCGGUUGCGUCCUCUUCGGACUGGGACUCUAGGUUUCAUCCGGAUUAAUACUGUUUUAGGAAACUUAAUUUCUGGAAAGAGAAUUUGACACGAUUAAACUUGAAGUCAGCAGUGGAUUGUCUGUCUAAAACAUCUAAUUCACGCAGUUUAUUCCGAUGCUAGCCCCACAGGGUGCGGUGCCCACUUGGAUCUUAACGGUGAACAAGUAUGUCAUAAGUUAUGGAAUGUAGAUAAUUGUGGUAAAAGUUCCACGUGGAGGGAGCCGUCAGCUAUUUUGUUCGCCCUGCAAUCGUUUUUGCCUCUCCUUAAAGGCUCUUCCGUGAAGUGGUUUACUGAUAGUCAGAAUGAUUGUAAAAUUAUACAAGUGGGAAGCAUGUGGAGCGAUUUGCACUUAAUCACCAUGGAGAUUUUUCAGUUUUGUGUCGAUUAUAACAUUGCGUUGGAAGUCCGGUGGAUUCCUCGUUCUGAAAUUCACAAAGCGAAUUAUAUUAGUCGUAUUAUUGAUGUAGACGAUUGGCAAAUGUCAGCCGCUUGCUUUGCGUCUCUAGACAUCAGCUGGGGGUUCACACCGUAGAUUGCUUUGCUAGUCCUUAUAAUAAGAAAAUUGGCAAAUUUUUCUCUACAUUCUGGAAUCCAGGCUGCUGUGGGGUGGAUUCUUUUUUUCAAAUCUAGAUGGCGAAUAUUGCCUUGGUGUUCCCCCUGUAAGCUUAAUUUCUCGAGCGAUUCACUAUCUAUUUGCUUCUAAGGCCACCGUCACUGUAGUUGUGCCCUUCUGGCCAUUAUCAUAUUUUUGGCCAAUUAUCUCCAGGAAAUUUGCCAGUUCCAUAGAGGAUUAUACUUGGUUCAGUGCUAAGGAUGCAUCAGAGUAUGAACGGAACACCAACUCGUUUUUGGGUUGUGACAGAUUUACUGGACUAGUUUUAGCUGCUCGUAUGAAGCUCUCUUCUCUCUCUCUCAUGCUUUUAGGUAAUUUCAUCAGUAUUGCUUGGUUGACUGUCAACUUGUUGAACAGGGAAAAGAGACAUGAGACGCUUGUCAUUGAGUGUGUACAGUGAAAGGGGCGCUGGCCUGAGUUGAAGAUGGAACGGUUUUUGUAGGCACUGCCGCUGGCCGACAGCCUUUAUGACGGUCGAUUUGAAACGAGAACGGGAGGUUUAACGUGUAUGUCGUCUAUUACCAUAGCGUUUUUCUCGUUGCAGAUGUUUGAUGUGGACGGCCACUGGAAUCAUCUUCAGGCCAGGAUGGGGCUAGACUUGAUAGAUCUUCUCUUGAUGCUACUGAAAUCUAAAGCGGAGUCUACAUCGAAAAGAGACAAGAAAGAGAUUCUUAGGUUUCUUUAAUGGUGUAAUUUGUCCAAUGCUAGGCCGGUGCCGUCUUUCUCUGUCUCUCUCGCAGUUUCCUAUCUCUAUAAAGUUUACAAAGCUCAAACUCUUAUGCCACAUUAGUGUUGUCUUAUGCAGCUCUUAAGUGGUUUCAUUCUUUCUUUCCAUGUAACGACAACAAUCCACUCAAUAGUUCAGUUGGCCAUAAUUUGCUGGAAGCGGCUAAGUGUUGCAAGCCAGUUGCUGUUAAAAGGGCACCCAUACCUGCCGAUAUUAUUAGAAAUAUAAUUAAUAAGUAUGCUGGUCCAUCAGCUAAUUUAAAGAAUUCACGUUUAGCUUGUAUUCGUUAGGUUUUUGCAAGGUUUUUUCGUUAUGAUGAGCUGAGCAACAUUUCUACCGCGCAUUUAAAGUUUUGUCCUGAAUACAUGAGGGCGUUUGCUCAUAGGGCGAAGAAUGACAUAUACCGGGAAAGUAAUUAUGUUUAUGUCAAGAGGCUAGGUAACAAUUAUUGUCCCGUGGCACUUUUAGAAAGGUAUAUUUUAAUGGGAGAUACUAAUCUCUCUAGCUCCACUGCGCUCUUCAGACCAGUAAGGCUGUUUAAAUCUACUAGUGAGUACAAGUUGUAUGGAGGGAAGUUAUCAUACACUAGGUGUAGGGAAAUCAUUAAGGAUUGUCUUAAAGAACUCGGUUUAGAUCAUAAAAUGUAUGGCCUCCAUAGUUUAAGAUCCGGAGGUGCUACCUCUGCUGUUAGUAACAAUCCUAACCUAUCAGAAAGGUUACUUAAACUUCAUGGACGCUGGAAGUCGGAUACUGCGAAGGAUAUGUAUGUCUAAGAAGACGUCCCUGAUCGUUUACAAAUGAGUGGUCAGAUAGGCUAAUAGCAACCCUCAUUAAUGGUAUCAUUUCUAACGAGCACAGUGGCUUAAUUUGGUUCUGAUCGCAUGUCAUUAAUUACUUAUCAAUGCGUACUUUGAGUUGUAAAUUUAAAUGUCAGUUUUGGAUUGCCUGAGCAACCAAUCAUCAAGCUGUUGUGGUUAUGUCUUUCUAGUACUGAAAGGGAAAAUAAUUUAUGUUUGUUUGAGCGUAGCGACUUCGAACAUAAUUACAUUAGCCGCCCUUCGAGUGAACAACUAAGAGCUUACUCUGAUAUCCUUUCCGAUGCGUUAAGUGGAAGGCCACAUCAGUCACUGAAGCCGAGUUUACGGCGCGGUCACCCCGAGCAAUCUUUACGUUCCUGUGAAUUCCGCUGUCCUUUAUUCAUAAAACACUCGCCUUGAGCAUUUGUUUUUUCUAAUUGCCAUGUGAAAAAACUCGCGUGUUUUUAUGAGCUUCAAUUCGUUCGGAUUUUAAGGAAUAUUUUACUCUCAGAUUCUGUAUUAGAGACUAAAAAACUGCAGGCAAAAUUGUUAAAUUUGACUCGCCGCGCCGAACUAUUUCAGUUUGUAAACUAUUGCUAAUUGUGAACUUUGAUGGUUUUACGUUUUUGACAGCUCUAGUCUUGCUCAACCAAUAAGAUUACUCGAACAAUGCUAACAAGGAUUCUGAUUAGCUUAUUUUAGCGUGCUUUAUGAGAGUAUAGAGCAUGCUUGUGACAUUGUUGUUCGCUUUGAAAAUUAAAUUUGUUUUCAAAACUGAAAGUAAUGCGUGGGGAAUUGAACUGUUUCUUUAUUAUAGAACAAAUAGAGAAGCCGUGGCUGUGCUCUAUUCUGUUUUAAAGCACUUAGGAAGCGGCUGGAGCACUUAAGAGGUGGAGAGAAAGACUCUAGUACGUCAUGUGUUUCUCCCUACACUUCUUUCGUGCUCUAACCACUUCCUACGUGCUUUACAGCAGAACAGAGCGCAGUCAAGGCUUCUCUGGGUGUUAAUUAAAGGACGGCUUGGGAGACAGACUUGCAUGAUCUUAACUCUGCAAAUAAAAUGCAAAUUAGCUAGGCUAAUUUCCUUCGUAAAUUACUAAAACCCUUAUACGGCAAGAGUCGUAAACCUUUGUCUAAGCAGGACUAAAGCUUUAAAUCUCUAUUUUUUUUUUCUUAUCAAACUCUAUUCUCCUGUCAUGUGAGUUUAUGUCGAAUCAGUUGCAUGUAAUUCUGCAUUGUUUUAACUUAAAGUUGGUCAGUUUACAUACUUUGCAAAACUUUUCACUUGUUUUUCUUCCUAUUUUAGGGUUUCAGAGGCAAUAACGUUAGCAACGCCGGCUUCCUUUUCGUCUGUCGUUAACGUUUCAUGAUGAUCUGAGCGAAGACUGCAUUAAAUGAUGAAGUUUCGAUAUUCAAUUCAGGUAUGUAAAAGUGUAUUCAAGUGCAUUUAACUUUUAGAUUCAUUUUCAGAUUAACUGUCUGUAGUAUGAGAACUUUGUUUAGAAAUGUGAAGCUAAUCCAAUAAUUACUUUGGUGUUUAGUGGACGAAUUUUCCGAGUUUGUGCAUUCACUGAAAUCAACUAUUUUUGCUCUGUAUUACCUUAAUUUCUUCUGCAUUGUGUUGCAUGCAAACUGGAUUUUCUCAGCAAAUCAUAAUGUAGAGGUUUUAAAUUUUUAAAGGACAUGUAGAAGUUUGAAUUUUUAAAGGGGCGGGUAACAUUUAUGCGAUGCAUGUCGCGCGCUAAUUGUGAAUUAAUUUCUAAAUAUCAAUUUCGCGCGGAAAUUGUGAAUUAAAACAAGUACUAGUUUUGGCUUCCAGUUGUAACGCGAAUGGUUAAAUAAAUCAAUUAUUUCCCAAUAAAAUUCAUAUUCAUCUAUCAUUUAAACUGCACAGCAAAAUCAUAUACACCAUUUGCCACCUUAUCUCCGACCUAUUAAAUUACAAGAGUUAUGUGACAAGUCGAUGGUCUGAAAAGACUCUUAUUACAUGCCAAACCACAAAGAACCAGUAGGGUGGAUAUUUAACAGUGAGGAUGAAAAACAAUAUAUUUCCAAAAGCCUUUUUUUUCAUGAAAACAAAACUAAAUGAGGUCAUAUUAAACUAAAGUGGAGAGGUUUGUUGAUCUCUUUAUGAAAAUGGAUGAUUUACAUCUAUCACAUUUUAGAGAAGUGAGACAAGUCAAAAGGGAACUUUGACAUUGCAUAUUUAACAGUUAUGGGUAUCGGCUUGGAUGCCUAUUUGAGGAAAUUUAUCGUUUUUCUAGCUAGGGGUUUGGCUGUGUCAAUAAUAUGGCAAACAGAUCAUAUAUCAGUCACUUGAGAAAUUUUAUAGCUGUCACUGGAAGCUCAAACACUCUUAAGGAGCAAGACAAUAUUUCACCUGAUCACUCUUCAUAUUCUUUUCCAAUGAAAUUUGGACAAAACUUUCAAAAACUUUAUUGGUAAUUUUACUGUUGCAAAAAAAGUAUAGACACAAGUUGCACAUAGCAUAAGCUAUUAGUCAAGGCAAGUUGCAUGGAGAGAACAAAAGAGUUAUAAUUUAUACCACUGAGUAGUAAGCUUUUUGUUCUAAUAACAAUCUCUUGAAUACCAGCUUGCCACAGUAAAUGUCAUACCUAUCCACUCUGUCAAUAGUACCAACUAGAUGUAUUGGGGUCACUUUACAUCUCCCUAAGCAGCAGAGAACAUAAAAGUUAAUUCCUAUCAUCAGUCUCAAUUAAGAAAUAAAAAUUGAAGGAUCAAGCCAUUUCUGGCAAAGUGAAAUGCAAGUCAAAGUGGCUUGAAUACAUUUUAACACGGAAUUCGUUUUUAAAUAAAACAGAAAUACUGUAGUUAAAUUUCUAAAGAAACAAGGAGUUCCAGCCCCAUAAUAAUGAUCUAUUUGUUGUAUCACUCGUCUCAUAUUUUACGAACCAGAGAAAGUUUGAUAAUUUUAAUCUGCGAGUGUCAUAGUACACUUCGACUCAAAAUUCAUUUCGCAUGGCAGAAGUAUUCUGCUGAAAUAAACAUUACAGAAUGAAGCUGACGCCAUUCGUUUCGAAUAACACAUGAACGUUAAGAAAAUGGCACCAGUUUAAACUCACGAGAUAAAGCCCAUGCAUUUUUUUUAGGUAAAUGAACUGGUUAGAACGAAAGCUAAAUAUAUAGACAAUGAACCGUCAGUGGCGAAGGAUUUUGGGGGCCAUGUUGUAAAUAGGUUCUGCAGAAGUUUAUCCUCUAGCGAGCACUUCAAGCCCAAAAACGGCAAUUCUGGAAAUUCUCACCAAAACACAGCAACAAAAUAAGAUAAAUCCGGAGAUGAUUGAGGCAAGACUAUAACCGUUGUUAAGACACACGCGUACAUACCAUGUACAACAAACUUGGACGGCAAAAAGAUCAAAGACAGUUCUGAGUCAUGACUUGGAAAAUCCACCUCAACCUCCCAUAACGAAUUCGCCGAAGGUUGAAGUAAGAGCAACUAAAUCCCGAGGCUGGAACAUUUUUUAGAGCCUUGUAUCCUAUGUGACUACAAAGCGAAAGAAAAAACGAUGUUAUUUGAAGUGAUUUGAAGCUUGAGGGCCACCUCGAACGUCACGCAAUUUUAUUUCAAGUUGAAGUGAAAUAGGAAAAAAUUCUAAACUACUUUCUAUCUUCGCAACAAAUAUCUCACGAUCGUCUCCACAUCAACUUCGUGAUUCCUAGAGGUAAGACAUCAACAUCUUAAGACUAACCUUCAAGGUUUGAAGUCUCAUGUGCACAUCUUGAUCGUCAGUAAAUCAAAUCUGAAACUUCAAGUUUUCGGCCUUUUUUCGCGUUUUACUCGCAAUAUUAAAAUACCCUCAUCCGAAGAGCCAACAAACUCCACGAGUAUCAACAGAAUUAGAAAUGGUGGUAAACUCGUCAUAAUCUUUCAUCCCUCUCAAAAAAAUAUUACAAAAGGUGUGGAUUGCCCAGUUGAAAACCCGCGGAAGCGCAUUCAAAAUAUCAAAAUGGCGCUAAACUCGCCGAACAAAUUUUAUCGGCGAAUGCGCAACGAAAUGCCCUUCUGCCUCCUUCUGCCUUCUGUCACUCUGUUUGUGUCUUAGGUAAUUUUGUGUCAAUGUCACGUUAUCGUUGCAUAACUCGCUAUAUAGUUACAUCAUGUAUUCUGAAGUUUACGGAUGAAAUCGAGCAAGGCGCUGUUUUCGGGAAUUCAUAGUCAAUUUGGCUACUUGUGUGUCUUCCCUCUGCUUUGACUCGCCUUUGCAUAACAGUAGAGUGGUUUAGCAAGAGGAAGGGAACGCCAUUUCAGAACGGGAAAGCGCGUGGAUAAUCUGGACACGACUCUAUUUCGACUUCAGGUGUUAGUGUUGCCGUUCUCCCCAUCAAGUUCAGGAUGUCAUUUCGCUGGUUUUCCUGUCGUGAUCAAAACGCCUAGGAUUUGCGUUAAUUGUGCACUUAUAAACGAGAUAAUGUUGUUUAGAAUGAUUUCAGAACUCAUUUCCAGGAUAAUCAGGUUCCUUUCUUUUUUUUAUUCGGUGAAUUUGUGAAAAUAUUACCGCUACAAUUAUUCUGGAUUCCCGAAAGGAAACACGAUCGUCAGCAAGCGAUCUAAGAUUUUAGGGCUCAGUUACCUUUUGUAAUUGAGCGUGGCUUUAAGCAACGCAAGGGCCUUUCUUUGAUACAGACGUAAAAAUUGACAAAUUUUAACCGUUAGUCGUAAAAAAAGUCAACCGUAAAAAAUAUGUCUGGUGGAAACAAUGGAAAGGUGUUAACCGUUAGCCGGAAAUUGGCCAAAAUUUUAACCGAUAGCCGUAAAAGCCAUCACCCCAUUGAGACCCUCCUAUAACGUGGACGGUUCGUUAAAACGACUGCUAAGUCACUUUUUAACACAACGCGACGGCGUUCUCGACCCAGUUUUUUCUCGACAUUUCUUCUCCGUGCGCCGUUUGGAAACGACUUUCCCGUCCUCUUGCUAAACACUCUAUAACAACUGAGUUGAAAACGCAAAUUUUAGUUUUCCGCCAUGGCUUGGACUUGUCAUGCGUGUAUAGAAAGUCUCAAUCAUAUUGGAGCAGAAUGGGAGCACAUUUACGUCAGGCAUUCCUAUCGUUCAGAUGUUGAUGAUGUUUCCUUAUUUCCUCCAUACUUUCCCUUACGGGAAAUUUUCAAUGGAUUCAUAGCCGAGCUUCAGGAAGGCAAUCUACAAGAACGAAUUGAUUCAAGUCACGGAUCGAUUAGACUCGUUUACCAUUGCCGGUUUAAUUUUUUUGUGGGUACCUUUCCAGAUCCAAAUCAGCGCCGAAGAAUGGGUCGCAUCAUACAUUAUGCAACCCGUUUUGUUAAAGUCGUAUGUGCUUCUUCGGAAUGCCUCUCCUGUGGCCGUCAAUUUCCCAGCUGGGUAAUUACCAUGUAUCCACAUUAAGACGUCAACUAAUCGAGAAAGACGUUUAUGGAAUAUAAAUCCAACGUUCCCGCAAAAGAAGAUGAAGAGCUUGCUAUUAUACUGUUAUAAUUGGAAAAGCCAAUCAAGAUGAUUUAGCUCAGUCUAUAUAAAUGCGUUAGAUACUAGAUGAGUCAAAUUAAGAAACAAACAGAGUUAUACCUUGCCAAUGCAACUGAGAUAUUUACAUUAAGUUGAACGACAUAUAAAGAAUUAUGCUCGAUAAUUUGGCUCUCCUCUUUUAUGGUAAAUAACAGAGAUAUGAUAUCCAUUCCUGGAGAAAAGAUUUGAUUUAUUUCAUUCCUUUACAACAUUUUAGGGUCUUCUCAUACAGGUACUUCCUUAGGAGAUUGAACUAGGCUGACAAGUCUCGUUAAUGUCGAUAAAUCAAGAGUUUCUUAAGUCGGUGAUUAUAUCAAUACCAUGCUACCUCACUAGGUCGUGAUGCAUGGAAGAAGCUGAUUGGUCCUGAUUUCCUGCAGCAGCACUGUAACCAAGAAUAGUUCAAUUCGCAUGUGGCUGGUGAUGGAUUCAGCUGGGUAUGAAUGGGUAUCAUUGGCGUUUCAUUCACUGAGUCAGUGAAAUAAAAUCACUUUUCUCUAUAUAUUGUAGUUACUCAGUCGAAAAUCUGUCUCUCAUGGGAGAUUUAUCACUUUUACUCUCUCUUAUAUACUAAGGGCUAUUACGAAGUGCAAUAUCUCUUGUUAAUAACACGAACACGGCUUUCAAAACUCCUUCAAGUGAUCAACUGGUAACUUCUCCCAAAAAUAUCCACCCACUGAUUAGUAAACAUGUAAUGAGAAUACUCAAACUAGUCAGGUAGUUGUUGUUACUUUGAUCUAAUAACAAAUUCUUGUAACUAAUAUCCAAGGAAAUGUGUAACAGCUAGUAGGGAGUAUUGAGAAUUAGAUCUUGAGAAUUAAAUGAUCAAGUACAGUCUUUUUAGAUAAGAUUUCAAAGUGCAACAGGUAACUGAGACCUUAAAAAUGAACAAAAUAUAACACGUGGAACGAACUAAGAAAUCAAUAAAUGUCAUAAUUUCUAAAAAAAAACUGUGGCAUGGCACUUAAACACCUUAACUUCUGAUAUUUAUACAUUGAUUUUUGACAAAUUUCACAUCUCUCCGAGCGAGGAGGCGUAAUAUUUGUGCCCUGCAACACAAAUUGCUUGUUUGUGAUUACUCUCUCGGAGACAUCAACUGAGAAAAAGAUUUCUUCAAAGGAAAAAUUCUCUACGUCUUCUUGAGAACUUAAUGUUUCUUAUCCCUUUAUCACCCUGACAAUUAACUUCCGCAAGAACACAGUUAUUCUUGACACGGAAUCGCUCGAUGAACACAAACUUUGUGAAUUAGGCUGAUAUUUUAACCUUUAAACUCCCAGAAGUGAUUAACAUGUAACUUCUCCCUAUAAUAUCCAUAAAUUGUCCGACAAACUGGUAAUGAGAAUACUCAAACUUAUCUGAUAGAAGUUGUUAUUUUGAUCUAGCAUCAAAUCCUCAUAACUAAGUUACAAAGAAAUGUGUAGCAGCUCGAGUGGAGAAUUAGCAAUUAGAUCUUGAGAGUUAACGGGUUAACAUUUUAUCCACAGACUGUGUGGUAGUUGACAAUUUUGAAUGAAAUUAAGUUUUUAUGAGAGGGCUAGACACGAACACUUAAAUUACAGGAAAUAUAUGGCAGACCAUGACAAUAGGUGACCAGUUAUAAUUUUAUCACCAAGAGAGGGGGGCUCAGAGGAUUUUUUUUUUGGGGGAGGGAGAGGGGUGUGAUUGUAUGGUUUUCAUAUGAACGGUGAAAGGUUCUGUCAGCCACAUAUAAAAAAUAGAGGCACUGUAGAAAAUUGAGUGUUUUCUGUUUUGUAUUUUUUUCAUUCACUGCUAUUCCCUUCUUUAGAACCUCACCACGCAAGCUACAUUCACCAGAUAGGGGUUAAUCAUUCAAAUUCAAGUGGUAGAAUGUAGAAAAAAUGCAUGUAGCCUGAUAUUCCAUUUGAUAUUCCAUUUGGAUAAGCUUUGUUGUCGUGCAGCUCUAAAAGGAACUUGUUGUUCUGCUUAAUGUUAAACUUUUAUGCUUCAUAUUCUGUUGAAUAUACUAGGGGCAAUUAUUAAGUGCAAUAUCUCAUGUUAUUAACAUGAAUACAGCUUUCAAAUCCCCACGACCUCCUCGAGAUUUCUAGUCAGUUUGUACUUCAUUGAUAUUUUAGUGUGGAUGAAAGGCAAAAAGGAUUUAAAAAGUAUGCAUUUUCAAGCGAAAACGCAAUAUUUGGCGAGUCUCACACUAUUUCCCUUCCGGAGAUGACUCGAUUCGCAUUAUCGUGAGUACAAUUCAAGAACAAAUUUUGUCAAGGAUGGAGACACACCUCCAAGUGCUUCUUUAUUUCAACAGUUACAAACAUUACUUAAUCGCAAGGAGACUAAAUUGAUAAGCAUAAUGCUUUUAGAAUAUAUGGUGGCACUAUGCAGUUAACCCUUUAACUCCUUCAAGUGAUCAACUGAUAACUUCUCCCAAAAAUAUCCACCCACUGAUUAGUAAACAUGUAAUGAGAAUACUCAAACUAGUCAGGUAGUUGUCGUUACUUUGAUCUAACAACAAAUUCUCGUUACUAACAACCAAGGAUAUGUGUAACUACAAGAGGGGAGUAUUGACAAUCAGAGCUUGAGAAUUAAAUGAUCAAGUACAGUCUUUUUGGAUAAGAUUUCAAAGCGCAAGGAGUAACUGAGACCUUAAAAAUGAACAAAAUAUAACACGUGGAACGAACUAAGAAAACAAGAAAUAUCAUGAUAAUUUCUAAAAACAACUGCAGGAUGGCACUUAAACACCUUAACUUCUGAUAUUUAUUCAUUGAUUUUUGACAAAUAGAUCUUGGGAGUUAACGGGUUAACAUUUUAUCCACAGACUGUGUGGUAGUUGACAACUUUGAAUGGAAUCAAAUUUUUAUGAGAGGGCUAGACACGAACACUUACAUUACAGGAAAUAGAUGGCAGACCAUGACAAUAGGUGACCAGUUAUAAUUUUAUCGCCAAGAGAGGAGGGGCUCAGAGGAUUUUUUUUUCGGGAGGUGGGGGGUGAUUGUAUGGUUUUCAGGUGAACAGUGAAAGGUUCUGUCAGCCACAUAUAAACUAUAGAGGCACUGUAGAAAAUUGAGUGUUUUCUGUUUUGUAUUUUUUUCAUUCACUUCUAUUCCCUUCUUUAGAACCUCACCACGCAAGCUACAUUCACCAGAUAGGGGUUAAUCAUUCAAAUUCAAGUGGUAGAAUGUAGGAAAAAUGCAUGUAGCCUGAUAUUCCAUUUGAUAUUCCAUUUGGAUAAGCUUUGUUGUCGUGCAGCUCUAAAAGGAACUUGUUGUUCUGCUUAAUGUCAAACUUUUAUGCUUCAUAUUCUUUUGUGUAAACUUGGGGCAAAUAUUAAGUGCAAUAUAUAUUGUUAAUAACACGAAUACGGCUUCCAAACCCUCAUGACUUCCUCGAGAUUUCUAGUCAGUUUGUACUUCAUCAGUAUUUUAGUGUGGAUGAAAGGCAAAAACAAUUCUAAAAAAAGUACGCAUUUUCAAGCAAAAACACAAUAGGUGGCGAGUCUCACAAAAUUUCCCUUCAGGAGAUGACUCGAUACGCAUUAUCGUGAGUACAAUUCAAGAACAAAUUUUGUCAAGGAUGAAAACACACCUCCAAGUGCUUCUUUAUUUCAACAGUUACAAACAUUACUUAAUUGUUCUCAGUUCAAUCUAAUGCAGCAGCUCCUGAGAUGAUCUCAAUCAAUUCUCUUGUAAUCACAGCUUGGCGAGUUCGAUUGUAUGUCAAAGUCAACUUGUCAAUCAUUUCACCUUUAAGAGAGAUCGAGACAGUUAGUAAACUUUGAUGAGGGUGAAAUUCUUUUGUAGAUCUUUUGGGGCUGAAAUACUCAUUCUCUGAACAAAUCACAUGAACAACAGUUAUGAAUAUUGGAAGAUAAAAUGAUCACUGAAUAAGCCCUGUAUAGCUAACGCUUCAAGAGAUGUGGGGAAUUUUUAAAAAAAACCGUCACUCGGUUGCAAUUUUACCAUCCAGUAUCUUGGAUGGCUAGGAUUACAAAUCAUUUGGAAAAAGCCACAUCUGAUUGAUAACACGUUAUCCAGCACUUUAGAGCAAUUUACAAUUGAGUGUUGAAAAUUUACUCACCCGCAUUUUUACUAGCACUAUCCAUUGCAGUCAUGCGAGAGCUCUGCUCACUGCAGGCUCCCUCCUUCAUGCCAUAAAACAAAAGACUAGCCAAAGAGAACUCAGAGUAGUUCUUUAUCGCGUCAGAAUCCAAGUCAUCAUAGGUACUCAGAGUGUCUAAGAAUCCAAAAUCCACAAGAAAAGUUAGAUUUUAACCCUUUGCACCCUAACAUCAGUAGCCAUAUUCUUCUUACUGUUCUCCAUACAUUUUUUAAGGUGCUGUUAAGGAGAAAUUGUUAAACAAUCAAGAGCUUCUUUAGCUAGUGAUCAUUUCCUUUGUUCUCCUGACCUCAAGUGAUUCAGGGGUAAAAAUGGAAGGAGAAAUUAGACACUAGUCACUCCUACGGGUCAAAGAGUUACUUGCCCCAGAGAUACAAGUAAAGCUACCAAAAUGUAAAACUGAGAAAAAUGACAGUUGUUUGAGAAAAUUCUUCACAUGAUAAACAAAUAACUACCACAAUUUUCCUCACAGCUACAGUGCACAUUUCUAUUGAAAAAACUGCACCAAAAGAAGCUUAAGAAAAUUUUGGGCUUGGAUAAGGGUCACACUUGUGCCUGCCAUAUAUUGGUUGGGUGCUAAUGCUGAUUGAAUGACAAAGCCAGUUGUUGGAAGUAGGGAAAAUUUCAGUCGACAGAUUAUAGAGCAAAGCAUGUUCUUCACUUUUAGCCCAUGCUAUCUCAAAAAAUAAAGAGAUAAAAGAAAUUAUGGCCACAGUCUCAUAAUCUGCUUGCUUUGGUCUCUUGUAUUCACCUUUCAUUCCCAAGAUAUCAUCACAAAUUCUGCACACUGUCUGCCAUACAGUUCUAACGAUGUUAGUUUAGAGAAUUUGGUAUUGGAUCAACUAGCAGUGCCCUUGUUGAUAUUUUUCUUAUUCUGAUCACUUAUCUGCUUGAUACUGUAUGGAUAUUGUAAGGAGAAAUUCUGUCUUGGUCACCCACAGGAGGUAUAGUGUUAAGGUAAGUCACACUUUGAUCAAUCAGAAUGCAUGAUUGUUUGCAUUAUAAUCACUCACACAAUUGAAAUAAAUGCUUAUACUUGAUUAUGAUUAAACAAAUUCAUGUAAUUCUCCUUACCUCCUGAGACAGAAUUCAAAGUAUCAAACGAGUGAAGUGGUUUUGUCUGAGUCUUGUAUGAAACCACUGACCUGAUGAAAAAAAACUCACUUUGUUUGUCUUUCACUCACAAAUACUGAACUGAAAAAUUUCUCAUAUUUGUCUUGUACCAUUAAGAAUAUACAUGCAGGGCUAAAGGUAAGAGAUUAGGCUACCAGCUGAAAUUCAAAGUAAGGCUGCUCAAAGAUGGUGCCUCACAGAAGGUGCUUUGCAUGUUUUUGUGAAGGGAUCACCAGCUGAAAAAUCCAGCUGAUGAUUACCACAUUUUCAUACAGUAAAUUUUUUUGGCACCACACAACAAUCCUGAAUAUGUACAACUUACUUAAACCAGUUAUAAUACAUCUCCCCCAUAUCAUACUGGAAUCCACUAUCAAGGAUUUCCUGGGCAAUGAAGGUGGCUUCACAGAACUGAGGAGGCCUUUUACCAAUCUCUGAAAAGCUCAUCAGCAAGUAGUCACCUAACAAACAAUAAUAAAUAUAUUUAAAAAAAAGCUAAAAAGAAAUCUUUAGGAGGCGGUUUAUUAUGAACAAAACCAAUAAGAAACAACUUCCCCAGUCCUUAAUAUAUAAGGUACAAUAUUAGUUUGGAGAAUUUGGUAUCAGAUCAAUUGAUAUUUUUCCUUAUUCUCAUGACUUGUCUGCAUUAUAGUGUAUAGAUAUAGAAAGGAGAAAGUCUGUCUUGGUCACUCACAGGAGUUAAAGGGUUAAUUACCUCUUUUUAGUUUGCUAUAAAGACUUCACUUAUGAAAAUUGCCACAGAUAGUGCUAAUUUAACCCUUACACUCCCAAGAUCUGAUUAGUAAUUCUCCUUACUAUCUGCCAUACAAUUCUUGUGAUGUUAGUUCAGAGAAUUUGGUAUUGGAUCAACUAAUAAUCCCAUGAUUGAUAUUCUUCUCUAUUCUCAUCACCUGCCUGCUUGAUAUUGUAUUGAUAUUGUAAGGAGAAAUUCUGUCUUGGUCACUUGUGGGAGUGAAAGGGUUAAGCAAGUUUGUGGCAUGUUCACCAGAUGCUCUCAGAGAUAAAUCACAGCCCUGAUUUGUUGUGGAAAUUUUCAGAAAAAAAGGUACAGCUUAUACACUGUUUCCUGCUCUGGAUUAAUCAAUAAAUUCCUUGAAAUUCUAUCCACUUACCAUGUGUUCGUAGAAACAACUGCCUUGCUUUCUCUCCACAUGCCACAAUUUUUGUACUGUCAUCAACCUGCUUUUCUCCCAAAGCAGCCUUAACAGCCUUCACCAAGUUAGAAUGGAUCCCACCACACAAUCCACGAUCAGAUGACAUCACAACUAUGAGGUUUUUGGGUGUUGUCUUGUCCACAUCACUUGGUUUGAUUUCAACUUUAUCAUACAAAGCUGAGGAAAAACAUGUAAGCCGUGAUCAGAUCAACAAAAGCAUUUGUUAACAUGUUCAUGUACAAAAAUUCACACUGUUUCUCUAUCCUCUGUUCUCAUUUUCAAGAACAAGAUUGUGAGUGGAAGUGAAUUCAGUUAAAUUUACAUACCUGAAGCACCAGCUCCAUAAAUUCUUGCGGGACGUAAUUCCCUCUCUGCUUUACCAAACUUGGCAGCUGAUACCAUUUUCAUGGAUUUUGUAAUCUUCUGGAUAUUUUUCACACUCCUUAAUCGCAAGGAGACUAAAUUGAAAAGCAUAAUAUUUUUAGAGUAUGCGGUGACACUAUGCAGUUAACCCUUUAACUCUUUUGAGUGAUCAACAGGUAACUUCUCCCAAAAAUAUCCUCCCAUUAACUAGUAAAGAUGUGAUGAGAAUACUCAAACUAAUCAGGUAAUUGUUAUUUUGAUCUAAUAACAAAUUCUUGUUACUAUUAUCCAAGGAAAUGUGUAACAGCUAGAAGGGAGUAUUGACAAUCAGAUCUUGAGAAUUAAAUAGUCAUUUACAGUAUUAUUAGAUAAGAUUUCAAAGUGCAACAAGCAACUGAGACCUUAAAAAUGAACAAAAAUAACACAUGGAAAGAACUAAGAAAACUAGACAUGUCAUAAUUUCUAAAAAAACUGUGGCAUGGCACUCCACCUUAACUUCUGAUAUUUAUACAUUGAUGUUUGACAAAUUUCACAUCUCUCCGGACAAGGAGGCGUAAUAUUCCUACGGUGCAACACAAAUUGCUUGUUUGUGAUUACUCCCUUAGAAACAUCUGUGAAAGAGAUUUCAUUACGGGAAAAAUCUUUUUUUCUUCUUGAGAACUUAAGGCUCCUUAUCCCUUUAUUGCCGUAACAAUCAACUUCAGCAAGAACACAGUUAUUCUCGACAUCGAAUCGCUCGAUCAACACAAACUUUGUGAAUUAGUUUGAUAUUUUAACUUACUAUCUUUCAAUGUUGCCAUGUUCCUUACGGCUGGACUGCAAAAAAAGAACAGAAAAAUACAGCACUCAGAAAAAUCUGGAAAUUGCUUUAUCUGUUACCCGUAAAAGUUCAGUUUCUCACCAUGAUGCUGGCCUAAAACAGCUCCUCGAAUGAAGACCGUGUUAGCCGCCAUCUUGGAUGUCUGUGCGUCCCUCACUCGGUCACGUGGGUUUAUUGGACCGCUGACUAACCAAUCGCUUUACAACACAGAAUAUCAUUGGUCAAAAAUUAGAAUUUGAUGACUUGACCAAUUAGAACUUAGUUAAGAAAAUCAAAGUUUCUUAUUGCAGGCUCAAUUAAAUUGAACACGUUUUGUAUUUUCGAAAAUCACAAGGAAUAGGGGUGAAAAUGUCUGGUCGGGAAGGUAAUUUUUAGAUUAAGUUCCGACUUCUUUUGCUGGUAUGUUGUUAAUUGAUUCUAUUAUGAAGCCUACUGAUCUACAAUUUUUCGCAGGAGGAAAGAAAAAAACCACUCAAACAGCCCAAGAAAGAAAAGAAGGAACUGGAUGAGGUACAAUUUUGCAUGUUAGGAAUCGAACGACAAAUUCGUUAAAAUACUUAGGCGUGCAGCUGUUAUAAUUCAAUUUUAUCCCUGAUUUGAGUUGUAUCUGUCUUGAAUUUUUGUUACUUAUCAUAAGAUACGCUGCCUUUCCAUGGUGAGGAUAAAUGUUAGACAGCUCUAGGGCUACACACGAUCAUUCUUUGACUCGCGCUUUUCUAAGUUAAAGAGGUAUUUAAUGAAAGGCUGUUAGAGGGCAGAUUGAUUUCUUCAUAGUCUAUGGUGCACAAGCAAAAAUUUGUUUUUAAGACUAUAUAUAUUUUUCAGAAAUACAAUAGACUUCGUUUUCCUCUCGAUCAAAGCUUCUAGAAUGUUUCAUGCAGAAGGGCUGUGGGGGAGGUGGUAGUGGGAUGAAACUCAUUGGGGGAAGGGGUUGUAUGAAGGUCUGUUGUAGAGCCUAAGGAGGUAUACUGUUAAGAGGUAGUCGUGGUGUGGAAUAGAUUUUCAGACUAACCCCUUAACUCCCAUCAGUGACCUAGAAAUAAUUUCUCCUUACAAUUUCAAUACAACAUCAAACAGACAAGUUAGGAGAAACAUCAACAAGGGAUGAUCAGUUGAUCCAAUACAAAGUUUUCAGAACUAACUUCAUAAGAAUUGUGUGGCAGACAGUGAGGAGAAUUACUAAUAAGAUCUUGGGAAUGUUAAUCAUUUUAAUAGAUUAUUAAACCUAUCCCAGAGAAGCAAGUAAUAGAAUUUGAACUUGGUGGGGACACCUUAGGUUUCUGAUCAUGCUGUAUACAAGGGUAAUAGUGUAUUUGAAAAAUAACGUACUUCUGAUUGGCUGAAAACAAGUGCAUUCUCAAGUUAUAGGAGUGCAAAGUUGUAACACGAGGGCAAAUUACAAAAAGUGCAUGCAUGCUUUCAAAAUUUUUUCUGUUUCAACUUUCUGUAAUUUUUUUUCAUGUACAUGAUUAACAAGUAAUAAAAUGAUUUCUCUUGCAGUUUGGUGUAAUAAGCACUUGUAAAUCUUUCAACAACUACAAAUUGCACUUGCCCUAUGGGCCUCUACAAAAAAAUUCACAAGAGCUUAUUUGCACAAAAUUGUACUCAAAAUCAUGUUGUUACCUAUAGUAAUUUUUUUAGCAAUUUUUUAGGAUGAGGUGGCACACCAGCAGAAGAUGAAGGCUGAUAAAAAGGCACUGGAACAAGCAAAGGCUAAAGCAGCUCAGAAAGGACCAAUGGGUAUGAACAAUGCUUAACUCUUGAAACUAUAAGAGUGACUAGUGUCUAGUUUCUUCUUACAACAAUUCUGCUAAACCAACAUGAUUGAGAAUAUAAGAAAAUGUUCGCAACCUAAGAAGCUUUGAUUGUGAGACAAAUUCUCCUAGUCAGUACUAAAGGGAAUGUAUAGAGAGGAGUAUGGAGAAAGUGGAUACUGAUGUUUGAGUGCCAAGGCCUGGGUUAAUAAAUCCUAAGAGUAAUUAUCAUCUAAUUCCUUCCUACAGUAAUACUGCCACAUAUAAAUCCUACAGUACAGUCAUGUGAAUAAAAGAAAAUUAUUGCCAACCUAAGAAGCUUUGAUUGUUAGAUAAAUUCUCCUUGUCAGUACCAAAGGGAUGUACAGAGAGAAGUAUUGAGAAAAUCGAUACUGAUAAUAGGAUGUUAAGGCUGGGGUUAAUAAAUCCUAAGAGUGACUAUCAUCUAACUUCUCGUUACAGUAAUACAGCUGAAUCAUUCUUUAAGACCAUGGAAAUAACGGACUGAUGGCUUCCCUAAGAAUCUUUCAUUAUGAAAUGAAUUCUCUUUGACAGCUAGUGAAAUAAAUCAAAAUACAGAUUUGUAACAAAAUUUACUUAAGUUUGUUCUUGCAAAAAAUCAUCACUUUACAUAAUACCUUUCUGAAAAAGUUUUGCUUCACAGAGGAAAAUGAUAACCCUUUGCAAUUAAAUAUUAGUAUGCAUUUUCUCCACACUGUUGUCAGACAUUUCUGAAGGUUCUGUUAAGGAGAUUUUGUAGCACAAUCAAGAGCCUCUUGAGUUGCAGAUCAUUUCCUAUAUUCCCAUGACUUUAAUGUUUGACACAGGAGAGAUACUUUAAGGAGAAAUUGGACUUUAGUCACUUAAAGGGCUUAAAUAAUUAAUAGUUUAUUGUGUUUGAUACAAUCUUUCUUAUUUUUCCAGGUGGAAGUGGUAUAAAAAAAUCCGGAAAGAAAUGACAUUGGAUUAUUUAUCCUGCACAAAGUCCAAAACAAGGAUCUCCCAAUUUUGCAAAGGCCUUGUACAGAACUUGUAUAUCCUGUAAUAGUUUAGGCAAUGGCAAUCAUUUAGUUAGUAACCAAGUUAUAGAUAAACACGAUUUUCAUUUCUAAAAUGUUUUUUCUUUAAUCCUUUAUGAUAAAUACAAUGAUUAUUAUUAUUAUAUUUUUAUUAUUACAAUUGUUAUUAUCUUUUUUAUUGAUAUUAUUAUUUUGCUGUUUUAAAUACUUGAGUGGAGAAUUUUUUCCCCUUUUCCCCACAACUUUUGACCUCUAAGAUCAAAUUAUCAAUUCUCUGUACUUCCUGCCAUAUAUUUCACACAUUUUAGCUCUGGGAUUUUGGAGCUAAAUCAAACAAAUCCCUCAGUUUUCUUUCUCUCUUUUAACAUCACUCUUCUGCUUUCAAGUAUAUUUAUUUUGAAUGGGGUGGUUCCUUUUUCCUCACUCCUGGAAGUGAAAGGGUGUAGAAUUUAUCGUAAAUUUUAUUCUUUCUGUUACCUGUGAGACAUUUAAAAACUCUUAGGAGAUAAGAUAGAAAAAGAAAGAAAGAAAGAAAAGCAAUGCCUCAACUGAGACCUUGUAUCCUUUGCAUGAAAAUAAUUAUGAAAAAAUUGCAUUGUGUCGGAAAUGAGAC